CUGGGUAUUGCGCGGCGCAUAUACUUACGCAAGAAAGUGCGGCAAGUGGCAGUACAAGUUUCAAAGGGACGUGGCCUGGAAUAUCCCGUCCACUCCAGGAACAUAAACCGUUGACAACUUCUCGUCUAGCACAAAGUUGACUUUUCCAAGCUCCUUAAUCAACACAGAUCCCUUCAAUUCCUUUGUUCCGCAGGCUGCUACUAUAAAUUCGAAACCCAUCAUCUCAUAAUCGAUCAAUUGGCCCUUGCACGAGAGGAAUAUUAUUGAAAAAGAAAGUGAAGAAGCGAUCUAACAACCAUGGGAUGCGUGGGUUCCAAAGAGCCGAAGAAGGCCGGUCCAAACAGAACCGCCGCUAACUACCGGAAACAUCGUCGGACACGAGGAUCAGACGGCGGGAUGGUUUAUAUGACUGCAUACGCGGCCGGUGGAGCAGGCCAUGGUGGUCACGGAGGAAGUGCGGCUGGCUGUGGCGGCGGCGGAUGCGGCGGCGGCGGCUGUGGAUAAUCAUGAUCGUGUGUAUCAGAUAGCUUAACCCUCUUAAAUCUUGAUUUUAUGUGGUGUUGAGGCCGCUGAAUUCAUUAUUUAUUAUUAUUAUUAUUAUUAUUAUUGUGUGCUUAGUGCUGUAUGAUGAAGUACAUUAUAACUUGAUUUUUUUUAAAAUUUGAUUCAUCAUUGUACUUACUAAAUUUGGUUUCAUUUCUCCCCUUUGUUUCUUAUAAAAAUAAAUUAAUCAC